CAUAGCGGUCACUCUGACUCACAGAGAGCCGCUGUUUCUGUGGAGAAACGCGUCUCACAUGUUCGAGACCAUUUCAAGUAAAAUGUUAGAGGGAUUAUAACUGAGCGCGAGUUUGGACAUAAAAACGCUUUUCAGGUGACAUGGACUCCAAACGGCAGAGUGUGGUGAUGGAGCGCCUUGUGAAUGAGCUCAACUCUCUGCUAAAAAUGCUGGACCAGGAGACGGUUAGCCCAGAUACUGCAGAGAAGAUGGCCUCCGUGCGGAACAUCCUGGACUCACUUCAGGCAUCAGUCAAUGGAUCAGACGUUUACAUGAAUGGCACAAGCUUUGUUGAGUCUCUCUUUGAGGAUUUCGAUUGUGAUUUGCACAUGCUUCGAGCAUCUCCAGUGGAGCAGAAAGAACCUAAAGACAAAGAGGAGAAUACACAGCCUAGUAAAUCUACACCCACUGACACACCACCACCUUUGCCAGCAGCACCCCUUCCUGAUGACUACUAUGAAGAAGCUGUUCCUCUUGAUCCUGGAUCUUCCCCUCAGUAUUUCACCACAAAUUCCAGGAACUCUGUUGAAGAUGCUUACUAUGAAGAUGCUGAUAAUAACUAUCCCACCACCAGGAUUAAUGGACCCUCUAAAUCCUCCAACAAUGACUCAGAUGCUCUGAGCAGCUCUUACGAGUCUUACGAGGAAGAGGACGAGGAGGCAAAGGGGCGGGACUCAUCCCAGAGGUGGACGGCUGAGGGAAGCCCGGACGGACCUGUCAAGGACUGCCGCAUAUGUGCCUUCCUGAUGCGAAAGAAGCGCUUCGGCCACUGGACAAAGCAGCUAGUAGUGGUCAGAGAUAAUAAACUCCAGUGCUAUAAAAGCAUAAAGGAAACAUCUGCCAACACAGAGCUCCCCCUGAAUCUAUGCAACGUCAUCUACGUCCCAAAGGAAGGCCGGAAAAAGAGGCACGAGCUGCGCUUCUCCUUACCUGGAGGUGAAGCUCUGGUCCUUGCCGUUCAGAGUAAAGAGCAGGCCCAGCGCUGGCUCAAGGUGGUCCAUAAUGUUGGCAGCCAGUGUAACAACACAGAAGGACUAAAUGGAUCAACAUCUCCUAUAAUACAGAGGAAGCUGGAGCUCGACAAGAUGCUGCAGUCAGAUAGACAAACGUCAGACUCGGACAGCGGUCCAAUAGGAGACUGUCAGUUCAAUGCUCAUGGACCAGGACGAGACAUCACCGACUCACUCAACAGGGGAAAGCGGGGCGCAUUCUCAGAACUGACUGGGUCGAUGAGCCGAGCGGCAGGAAAGAAAAUCAAUCGGAUCAUCACAUUCUCCAAAAAGAAGCCUCCGUUACCAGGAGACCCUCCCUCAUCUUCUGGCCACCAUGACAACCCCCGCUGUGGUUAUCUCAGUGUGUGUCUCAGUGGCUCUUGGAAGGAGCGCUGGUGUGUUGUCCGAGGUGGAAACCUGUACUUGCAAAAGGACCCCGGAGACCAGCGGCCCCCAGUUAUUGUGGUGCCCCUCAAAGGGGCAGAGGUGGUGCCAGGGGGCCUGGGACCCAAACAUCCCUUUUCUUUUCAUAUCAUGCAAGGGGGCAAUGAGCUGGCAGCUUUAGAGGCGAGUUCCUCUGAGGAUCUUGGCCGCUGGCUGGGCAUUUUGUUUGCUGAGACCGGCAGUACCACCCUCCCUGAAGAGCUGCACUACGACUACAUCGACGUGGACACACUCACCGACAUACGGCACGCAGCCAGGCACUCCUUCUUGUGGGCUACUACCACUGCUACUUCCUCCAGCAGUGCAUCAAUAGAUUCCAAAACUUACGAUGAAGUCUAUGAAAGCAUUGCGGAUGAGGAUGUAGAGAGCAAAACAGGUCAAGUGAGACGUCAUGCCUCCUUCUCCAGCAGGGACUCAGAAAAAACCGAACAACAGGCUGCCAUCAAGAGGCAUGCCUCCAAUGUGAAUCAGUAUGGGCGCUAUGGGAAGAUGCGUGCAGAGGAAGAUGCCAGGCGGUACCUGAGACAGAAAGAGGAGUUGGAGAAGCGGAAGGAGGAGCUAAGAAACGCACUAAUCUCCCUCCGUAAGGAAAAGAAGGAGUUGAAGGCGCAAAUGAAGAGUGACACAGGUGAUGCUAUGGAAAAGCGGUUACAUGAGAUAGAGACACUGUGCAAACAGAAGGAGGAGGAGAGGGUAGAGCUGGAGCUCCAACUGACAGAAGUAAAAGAGAAUCUGAAGAAAUCACUGGCUAGAGGCGCACUGGGUCCACCCGUGGACACAAAGAUUAGCGUCAAGACUCCAGGAAAUAAGAUUGAAAAGGUUUACAAUGAGACCGUUCCUGUCAACUCAGCAUCUGAGCUUCGUAAACGCCCCCCAUCUCUUUGUGCUUCUUCCAGGGGGAAUGUCAUGCAGAAAGCCAAGGAGUGGGAAUCAAAGAAGGGGACCUAGACUUUAUACAAACAGAUUGACAGGAAUCAUGGGGAGAAAAGAAAGGAACAGGAGAAUUUGUACCAGAUAAAAGCAUGAGGAGACCACCUAUCAACGAAGAUGAUGAGAAGAAAGGAAGGAAGAGGAUAAAGAGGAUAUUUUUUGCUCUUUCAACAUAACGGAACUACAUGGACAGGCUGAUGCUAACUCGGCUACUGUAAAUGUGACAGACUUGACCGAUUAAAACCAGCACAGUAUUAAUGGGAUCACUCUAACCAUGAGUUAAGUCUCGUGUUCAUGACUGUUUACAUGUUUAUUGCACAUGGUUGCAAAAAGUGAACAUGUAACUGUUUAACAGAAAGUAAAGGGAUAGACGGAUGAUUCUUAAAUAUAUUGUUUGUUUUUUUUUUAAUACAAAACGCAUAAGUUAAAAUUAAAAAUCAAAACAAAAUGUCCUAAAUAAGCAAUGUCUUUGAGAUUUUGGGAUGGGUAUCUCAUAUUUUCAUGUUUUUUUCAUUCUAAUUAGUGUGACACUGCACCUAAAAUAAAUAAGCCAAAGUUUAUUGUUGCAAUGUGAAGUGAUUACCCUAAACAUUGUAUGUUUAUAUAUAUAUAUUUAACUUUUGCACUUUAUGCUGUAUUUGUAAUUAUCUAAAUGUUUUCAGUUAUUGCAUACAUGCGCCUUGUUCCCAAACUAUUUGAAGGAAAAAAAUGCCAUGUUUGCUUUUCAUGGUCAUUGCACAGAUGUGAACAAAACACACAUGAUGGAGUAAACGAUUGUUUCACAAGAUCUUCAUUGCUAUUUUUUAUUGUUAUUUUGUUUUACUGCAAGACUUCUGCUGGUUAAGCUUCUCUGCAUUGGAGGUUAUAAGUUAUAAAUAAAAAACCCAGAGUUAAGUUAAACUUUGGACCUACAAGCACCAUCUAGUGGCAACAUCAAAAUAAAGUGGGUGUUGGAACCUACUUUGUAAAUAUUGUGUAGAAUAAAUCUAAUGCAGACAAUA